GUUAUGUGACGUUCCCGGAAACACCCCUCUGCACGGUCUACCGUUAGAAACACAUUAGCGUGUUUGACCCUAGCUUCGAAACAUCGGUGUCUAAAGAAAAAACCCGAGUUUUACCCCAAAAAUCUCGUUUCGGGGUGAAAGAUGUGACGACAUCACUUCAAUGUCACCAAUUUCGUAAAGGACUUCACCAAAUUUUAUUUAUGAAAUUGUUCUGUUUGGUUGAAAUCUGCCCUAUAAGAUGGCGGACAGCAGGACUAUAUUAAAAGUUCUAUCUUUUCUCACAUUGUCUGUAUAUGUUUCACCAGCAGAUACACACUCUCUGCGGUUCUUCUACACCGCUGUCACACCAGGAAUAAAUGUCACUGCUGUUGGUCUGCUGGAUAGAGAACAGUUUGUGUACUACGACAGUAGCAUCAAGAAGAUGAUCUCAAAGACAGAGUGGAUACAGAAGAUCAGUACUUAUGAUAAAGAUUACUGGAACGUAGAAACAGAGCGUGUUAAGGAUUAUCAGGACACUGUGGCUACUGUAAUGAAAAGCUUGAAUCAAGCUGAAGGAGAUCAUACACUCCAGUUGGUGUUUGGCUGUGGGCUUGAUAACGGCACCAUUAGAGGAUACAGUCAGUACCGUUAUGAUGGAGAUUUCAUCAGUCUGGAUCUGAACUGGAACCAGGAACCUGGACGUGGAACCUGGACUGCAGCUAAUGAGAAAGCAGAGAUCUUUAUAAACAAGUGGGAUCCUAAAGGAGACCAGGCUAGAAAGUGGAUGGACUACCUGCAAUCUGACUGUAUUGAUCAGUUACAGAAGUUUGUGCUUCACAGCAGAGAGACUCUAGAGAGGAAAGUUCAUUCUGAGGUUUCAGUGUGCCAGAAACACUCUCCUUCUCCAGAGCUGGUGUGUAACGUUACAGGUUUCUUCCCCAAAGCAGUGAAUAUCACAUGGAGGAAGGACGGAGAGCACAUGCAUAAGGACGUGAAGCUCAGAAUGUCGUUAAUAAACCAGGAUGGAAGCUUCCAGAAGAGAAGCAUUUUGAAAGUCUCAGCUGAGGAGCUGCAGAAACACAACUACACCUGUGUGAUUCAUCACAGCAGCUUGGAGAAGGAGUUAGAGCUAAAUGUGAACAAGCAAUCAAACACAAAAGAUGGAGGAUCAGGUAGAGGGAAUAUUGGUAUAAUUGUUGCUGCAGUCAUCACUCUCCUUGUUCUCGUUGCUGUUGUUGGAGUGUUCAUCUUGAAGAAGAUAAAAUGUUCUGGUGCAGAAAAACCCCAUGAUGUUCAACAGAACGGAACUGAGAUACAUCCCUUAAAUUGACGUUCCAGUUGGAACAAUUGACGUUCCAGCCUCCACACUGAAGAGCAAUUUCCUGUCGAGGUUUUCCUCUACUGAAGCUUCCAUUCAAGGUGUGAAGAGUGAAUACAACAUGGCUUUCUAAUUCAUUGGUAGUUUCACAGUACUCCUAAACUCACCUGUAGAUGAAAACUGCCCCAACUGCUCCCCGGGUGCCGCAGCAUAAAUGGCCGCCCACUGCUCCGGGUGUGUGUUCACGGUGUUCUGAGUAUGGGUCACCAUACUUAGUUGUAUGUCACAUCACUUUCACUUUCAGAGGUUAGACAUAAUGACAGUGUGAGAAAAACCAAGUUCUUUACAGUGCUGUUUUUGUCCUCCUUAAACCGUAUUCUGUAUCCAAACAGAAAUAUACAAUUUCAUGUAUAAAAAUACUUUGACAGUGUCACUCUGGAGUAAAUCAUUACAGCAUUUAACGUGGAGCAAAUCUGCAGGAGCAGCGAAACUUUAGAUUAAAAAAUAAAAGCUUUCACUUUUGA